UGCUGAAUUUUUCUACUUCCUCUUUCCGCCAUAUUGCAGAACCGGCAUCAUGGUGCGCAUGAACGUUCUCGCGGACGCGCUGAAAAGCAUCAACAAUGCAGAGAAGCGUGGGAAACGCCAGGUUCUGAUCCGGCCGUGCUCUAAGGUCAUCGUGCGUUUUCUGACCGUGAUGAUGAAGCAUGGUUACAUUGGUGAGUUUGAGAUCAUCGACGACCACAGGGCUGGGAAAAUUGUCGUCAAUCUCACAGGAAGGCUAAACAAGUGCGGCGUGAUCAGCCCUCGCUUUGACCUCCAGCUGAAGGAUCUGGAGAAGUGGCAGAACAACCUGCUGCCCUCAAGACAGUUUGGAUACAUCGUGCUGACCACCUCAGCUGGCAUCAUGGACCAUGAAGAGGCCAGACGGAAACACACAGGAGGAAAAAUUCUGGGAUUCUUUUUCUAAAAUGUAAAGAACUGUGCAAAAUAAAAACCAAAUCCAGUGGACUGGUUUCAAUCUUUGGUCUCUUUUUUUUGUGCGUUCAAGCUAUGCUAUUACAGAAUAAAAACAGACGUCGUGAAAUGACUACUACUUUAAA